AGGGAGUGGUGGGCUGGCCAGGAGGGUGCUUAAAAAGGCACUCUGUUUCUCCUCCCUCACUCAAACAGUCUCUCCUGCUCUCCACGUGCACAAGUUUCUGUCUCUACUCCUGAAGAAAAGGGAACAUUUGUUUUUGUAGUCUUGCAAGGUCUGAUUCUUAUGCCUUGACAUUUUAAAGACCGGACUAAACCUUGUCAAAUAAGGUUUUGAGGACUUUGAGAAGGUGCAAGGACUUUGAGAAGCUUUGGAGGACUUUGAUAAACUUUUCUGAACUGAGAAAUUUUGAGGCCUUUGAGAAGGUCUGAAAACUUUGAAAAACUUUGAGAAAUUUUUCAGGAUCUCCCAAUGGAUCCCACGGAAUACCCAGACACCUAUGACUACUAUGAAGACAACGAGACUGCAUGUGACUAUUCAGAGUGGGAACCAUCCUACUCCCUCAUCCCAGUGCUCUACAUGCUCAUUUUUAUCCUGGGUCUGUCUGGGAAUGGUGUGGUCAUCUUCACUGUCUGGCGCUCCAAGUCAAAGCGCCGUGCAGCUGAUGUUUACAUCGGUAACCUGGCCUUGGCUGACUUGACCUUCGUGGUGACCCUGCCACUUUGGGCAGUAUACACAGCUCUUGGGUACCACUGGCCUUUCGGAGUGGCCCUGUGCAAGAUCAGCAGCUACGUGGUGCUAGUCAACAUGUACGCCAGUGUCUUCUGUCUCACCUGCUUGAGCUUUGACCGCUACCUGGCCAUCGUCCACUCACUGUCCAGCGGGCGUCUACGUUCCCGAGGUGCCAUGCUAGCUUCACUAGGUGCGAUCUGGCUGCUUUCCAUGACACUGGCCAUUCCGACCCUUCUCUUCCGCACCACUGUGGACGAAGCAGACAGCAACCGCACCAGCUGUGCCAUGGACUUCAGCCUGGUGGCCCUGAAUCGGCGCCAUGAGUCACUGUGGAUCGCCGGCCUUAGCCUGUCCUCCUCAGCCCUGGGCUUCCUGCUGCCGUUCCUGGCCAUGACUGUGUGUUACUGCUUCAUCGGCUGCACUGUCGCGCGCCACUUCAGCCACCUGCGCAAGGAAGACCAGAAGAAGCGGCGGCUGCUCAAGAUCAUCACCACCCUGGUGGUCGUCUUUGCCUUUUGCUGGACGCCCUUCCACGUCCUCAAGAGCAUGGAUGCCCUGUCCUACCUGGACCUGGCGCCCACUUCUUGCGGCUUCCUGCACUUUCUGCUUCUGGCGCACCCGUAUGCCACCUGCCUGGCCUACGUCAACAGCUGCCUGAACCCGUUCCUGUACGCCUUCUUCGACCUGCGCUUCCGCUCGCAGUGCCUAUGCCUGCUGAACCUAAAGAAGGCAGUGCACGGCCGCAUGAGCUCCAUGUCGUCCACCCUCAGCGCCCAGACCCAGAAGUCCGAGGUGCAGUCGCUGGCCACCAAAGUGUGAGAAAACGCAGGGGGGGAGGAAGAGGGCAAAAGGUGAGAGGAACCCAGGGUGGGACACAUGUGGAAGCGGCCAGACGGCUGGAACCAACCUGGCUGGCUUCGGCUUGGCUGGGCCGAGCCCUUAUGAGCCAUGAAUGUUGCUUUGACUAGAUGAGAUGAGAUAAUGGACAUCUAGGUUUCUAUCUCUCUUUUUCUUUCUAUGUCUCUCUUUAUCUCUCUCGCUCACUUAAAAGUGAGAAAAGGGGUUUCUAGUCCCCGUAGAGCUACUGAGGCCAGUCAGCAUUUGUGCCAUAAUGGACUGAUGACAGAAACAGACUGCUAAGUGACUAAAGAUGUGGACUGCUAUGUGCUAUAUGUACAGUAUGUAAAUAAUACAUAGGCUUUGUGUAUUCUACUGUAAAAAUAAUUAUGUAUGCAUAUGUAUAUUUGUAUGUACGAAUGUGCAUGUUUUCCUGCUAUGUCUCAUGCAUAGAUUUUGACAGAAGAUUGAACAUAGACAUGCUUAUUCUAUAGCAUAGCAUGCGAAUUCAAUAUUCAAUAGAGACACUAACUGCGGAAAUCUGUGGCAGGAAUUUGUGGCUUGUAUGAAUUGCGUGUGUGUGGGUGUGCAUGCACUGGACUAAAAAAACAAAUUGUACAGUAUUUUCAUACUAUUUUUCUGCUAAAUCAACAACUUCAGAAGUAUGUUUAGUGUCUGUAGCACUUGUGUAAAUGAAGAUAUAAAAGUAUAAUGCUUGAGAAUGAAGCCUGCA